AGUGACAGAGGUUGUGAGACCACGGUGGUGUGAGGAUCUCUUGUAUAGUGACUAACAAAAUUAGACUGUGUAUUGCAAGCUACGCGAACUUUUGUAAUAACCGCUGUCAUUUUGAAGGCAAGUGAAGAAGAAAGAGAAAGGGUCGAAAAUGUCUGCCAAGGCCAUUCGGGAGGUGACUGGGAAGGCCUUGUUGAACAAGCACCUGCCCUCUUCUGUGUGUGCAGAAUGUCGCUUCGCCUCCGUCGAUGAAAAUACCAAGUGGGCCGAAUUGGUUAACGAACACCCAUGGCUCCAGACAGAGAAACUGGUGGUGAAGCCCGACCAACUCAUCAAGAGGAGAGGAAAGCUGGGCUUGAUCAAAGUGGGCGCUGAUUUCGCCGGCGUUCAGGCAUGGGUGGACGAACGCAUGAAUAAGGACCAGAAGGUUGGCAAAGCUGUUGGAAAACUUCGUCACUUCAUCAUUGAACCCUUCCUUCCUCAUGAUCAAGGUGAUGAGGCUUAUGUCUGCAUAUUUUCACACCGCAACGGAGAUACAAUCCUCUUCACUCAUGAGGGAGGCGUCGAUAUUGGUGACGUCGAUGCUAAGGCGCUCAAGCUGGAUGUUCCAAUCGAAGAGACUCCCAGUGAAGAUGAGAUUAAGGAAAAGUUGUUGACCCAUGUUGAUAGCCCACGCAAAGAAAAAGCUGCCGCCUUUAUUAAAGCCCUAUACGACCAGUAUGUUGAUUUGUAUUUCACAUACCUAGAAAUUAACCCUCUGGUUAUCACCUCUGAAAAUAUUUACAUCCUGGAUCUUGCCGCCAAAUUGGAUGCCACUGCUGAAUUCAUGUGUAAAGCCAAGUGGGGGGAGGUUGACUACCCUCCACCAUUUGGCCGUGAUGCGCUUACUGAGGAAGCUUACAUUGCAGACUUAGACGCCAAAAGUGGUGCAUCAUUGAAGCUGACAAUAUUGAAUGAAAAAGGCCGUAUUUGGACAAUGGUUGCUGGAGGUGGAGCUUCUGUGAUUUAUUCAGACACAAUCUGUGAGCUUGGAGGUGCUGGUGAACUAGCUAACUAUGGAGAGUAUUCUGGAGCCCCUUCAGAGCAACAGACGUACGAGUAUGCCAAGACAAUCCUAACCCUCAUGACCAAGGAGAACCAUCCUGAUGGAAAGAUUUUGAUAAUUGGUGGUGGAAUUGCAAAUUUCACCAAUGUAGCAGCAACAUUUAAGGGUAUUGUAAGGGCUCUUCAACAGUAUCAAGCAAAAUUGGUUGAAGGAAAAAUCAGCAUAUUUGUUCGUCGUGCUGGGCCAAAUUAUCAGGAGGGAUUGAGAGUUAUGCGAGAAGUUGGCAAAACACUAGGCAUCCCAGUACAUGUAUUUGGUAAUGAAACCCAUAUGACAGCUAUUGUGUCCAUGGCUUUGGGAAAGAGGCCAAUUCCUAAGGAACCUGUCGUAGAAAGUCACACAGCAAACUUCCUUCUCCCUGGUGGACAGAACACAGCAUGCUUCACCCCUGAUCCCACAUCCAAGAGUUCUCCCAUCCAUCAGGGCCCUCCAUCAGAAAUUUCGUAUUUGAAGGAAAUGUUUUCUCCAAGCUUGAAAAGGCAAUCUCCACGUCCAGAGCGCAAGACAAGUGCAAUGGAGCACUCAAAAGUGGAUGCAAAAGCGUCCAGCGAGCAGCUUUUCCAGAAAAAUUCAAAAGCCAUCAUCUGGGGCAUGCAGACUAGGGCUGUACAGGGAAUGCUUGACUUUGACUUUGUGUGCUCCCGAACUGAGCCAUCAGUAUCAGCCAUGGUCUACCCAUUUACGGGUGACCAUAAACAGAAGUUUUACUGGGGACAUAAGGAGAUUCUUAUUCCAGUGUACAAGAAUAUGGCAGAUGCCAUGAAAAAACACCCUGAUGCUGAUGUUUUAAUCAACUUUGCAUCUUUGCGAUCUGCAUACGAUUCAACGAUUGAGACUCUUGCAUUUCCACAGGUUCGCACUAUUGCCAUUAUUGCUGAAGGUAUUCCAGAGAACUUGACAAGAGUAUUGAUCAAACGUGCCAAGGAAAAGGGAGUAUCAAUCAUUGGGCCUGCAACUGUUGGUGGCAUAAAGCCAGGCUGUUUCAAGAUAGGCAAUACUGGAGGAAUGAUGGACAACAUAUUACAUUCCAAACUUUACAGACCAGGAAGGAAAUUAAUAAAGUGUACCAAGACCUGCUUCAUGAGGGGAUCAUUGUACCAAAAGAAGAAGUACCACCUCCAACUGUCCCAAUGGAUUACAAUUGGGCUAGAGAGCUUGGCUUGAUAAGAAAGCCAGCAUCAUUUAUGACAUCUAUUAGUGAUGAAAGAGGCCAGGAGCUUUUGUAUGCUGGAAUGCCUAUAUCUGCUGUGUUGGAACAAGGUUUGGGAAUUGGAGGAACUUUGUCUCUUUUGUGGUUCCAGCGUCGACUACCUCAGUAUGCCACAAAAUUCCUUGAAAUGUGUCUGAUGAUUACUGCUGAUCAUGGUCCAGCUGUUUCAGGUGCACACAAUACUAUAGUUUGCACAAGAGCAGGAAAAGAUCUGGUUUCCUCCUUGGUAUCUGGUUUACUGACCAUUGGUGAUCGUUUUGGUGGUGCUUUAGAUGGGGCUGCACGGCAAUUUAGUGAAGCCUUCGACAAGAAUAUGCUGCCUAUGGAAUUUGUCAAUGAUAUGCGUAAGAAGGGUCAGCUUAUCAUGGGCAUUGGACAUAGAGUUAAAUCAUUAAAUAACCCAGACAAACGAGUAGAAAUUGUCAAGAAUUACGUGAAGAGUAAUUUCCCUUCAACACCAUUAUUGGAUUAUGCCUUGCAAGUGGAGAAGAUUACUACAAGUAAAAAACCCAACUUAAUUCUCAAUGUUGAUGGUGUAAUUGGUGUAGCUUUUGUAGAUCUUCUAAGACAUUCAGGAACCUUUACUCCAGAAGAGGCUGAAGAAUAUAUCAACAUUGGCACUAUAAAUGGUCUCUUCGUUCUUGGUCGAUCAAUGGGCUUUAUCG